AUGCCGCUCAACGCCAAAGCCGUAUACACCCGCGAGAACGCGGACUAUGUCCCAUUUGCUAGUAGACGGAGUACUGUCCACAGCACCAAGGGCAUCAUAUCAUGCACCCAACCACUAGCCGCUGCUGCGGGUCAUAAGAUCCUGAGUCAAGGUGGAAAUGCAGCGGAUGCUGCUGUUGCCGUUGCCGCCGGACUCAAUAUGACUGAACCUUGCUCCACGGGCAUCGGAGGCGACAUGUUCUGUCUCUUCUACAAUGCCAAGACGAAGAAGGUGCAUGCGCUCAAUGGCUCUGGUCGGUAUCCUGGUAAUGCCAGCUUAGAGAAGGUCCGCAAGGAUCUCGGUCUGGCCCCCGGACAGCCGGGCAAGAUGCCCAUGUUGAAUGCUCUAGCUGCGACUACGCCUGGAGCGGCUGCAGGAUGGGUUGAUACAAUCGAGAAGUUCGGUAGCGGUAAGUUGUCGCUCGAGCAGAUUCUACAGCCUGCCAUUGAGCUGGGAGAGGAGGGGUUUCCUGUGUCGGAGCUUUCAUCUCAGGGUUGGAAUGAAUCCGAGAAAGAUAUCCGCAAUGCAUCCCCUAAUUUCCGUGAAAUGUUGAAAGUCGAUCCUUCAGCCAAAGAUGGCGUGCGAGCCCCGCGUCCAGGCGAAAUCAUGAAGAAUCCCACUCUAGCCAAGACCUUCCGCGCACUCGCUGCAGAGGGCAAGAAAGGAUUCUACCAAGGACGGAUCGCAGAAUCGAUCGUCAAGGUGGUGCAAGACCUGGGGGGCUACAUGUCACUCGAGGAUCUAGCCUAUCACGCCGAGACCGGGACACAGGAAGUCGACGCGAUCUCACUCAAGUUCACUGGCCAAGACAUCGUCUCGAAAGCCACACCCGGCACAGAUGGCGAAGCCAACCAAGGCGUUGAGAUCUGGGAGCACCCACCAAACGGCCAGGGAAUCGUGGCGCUAAUGGCACUCGGCAUCAUGGAGGAACUUGAGAAAUCAGGCAAGAUCCCCAAGUUCACUGAGGCCCAGCAUAACUCUGCUGAGUACCUACACGCUGUAAUUGAGAGUCUGCGCAUCGCCUUUGCCGACGCAGCCUGGUGGGUUACAGACCCAGAUGUGGAGAGCGUGCCUUCGCAGGGCCUACUCGACCGCGCGUACCUCGCAGAGCGGGCGAAGCUGUUCACACCCGAACGCGCAGCAGAUAUCCUGGACCACGGCAGUCCAGCGCACAACCACUGCGACACGGUGUACUUCGCAGUGACGGACAACGAGGGCAACGGCAUCUCUUUUAUCAACAGUAACUACGCCGGGUUCGGAACGGCCAUCAUCCCUGCUGGUUGUGGCUUCACGCUGCAGAACCGCGGUGCCAAUUUCUCGCUGCAGGAAGGCCACCCUAAUGUCCUAGCCCCCCCGCAAGCGACCAUACCACACUAUCAUCCCUGCCCUUAUCACUAA